AUGGGAAUGUUUCAGUCGCCCGGUCCUGUCACAGAGGAGACCCCUUCAGCUGCUUCAAAUGAUUUACAAGAUAAGCAGCAAUAUGUGGCAUCCACUUUGAACACACCUGAAAUGGUUCCCGAUGACCUUUUCUCAUUUUCGAACGAAGAUGAUUUUUCUAACGAACCCACCAAGGUGGAAUUCCAUUUCCCACUUAAUGUGAAACAAGGCACUACAAACAGUGACAAUGGGAAUUGUCAGACACCUUCAAACCCUAAUAAGUCGAAUCUCAACUCACCUAUUCGCUUCCACAAGAAUCAUAUUUCAUCAGAACCAAACACCACACCAAGAUUUUUCUUGACAGAGGAGACAAUCUUGGGGAGCGAUAAUGUUCCUGACGCAGUCAUUGAUCUUGAUAACAUAAUGAAAAUGAGCUAUCAAAAUGAUCAGGAAAAAGUAUCGGACUCUCAUGUUGUUGACCGCCAUCAUUUGGCGUCACCAUUGCAGAAUAUGUCCACUAGGGUAGGGAGGAACUCCUCCUUUCCUUACCUGCUGUACCCUAGCCGUCUAGUACAAGACUGCAAGGAUGAUGCUAUUGAAGAGGAAUCUGAUGAUAAAGUUCAGCAUUUGCGACACCGGGGGGUUGAUGGUGCACUUAUUGAUGACAUUGAGAUACUUUCGGAUGGAAUGCCCACUGGAUCCAAUCCUGAAGCUAAAAAUGUUGAUGACAGCACUCCAACCAAUGAAGGUUGUCUUAGCAACAUUGAGAGCCCGGAAUUAUUUACCCAGAGCUCUACCCCUUCUUCCAUUGAUCACGACUACCGGUCAAAAGUGAGUAUGCCAAUAGGUGACAAUAAUUCGCCACGGGAAAAUAGUUUGGCUUCUGAAGGAAUCCAUAUCCCGUGCAGCGAUAGGUGUCAUGCCAAUUACAAGUCACUGCAAAGGACCGUCAAGGGACACGCCUCAGGCCCCAAUAGGGAAGUUCUGCCGCCUUUGACUCUAUCGAAUCAUCUAAGAUCUCCCAUUGUCGAAGCCCCUUGCCAGAUAUCCAGCCAGCACCAGGAAUAUAAGAAGUCUUUUUUAGCAGUUUCUCCGUCUGCACCACUGGUUGGUAGAAGACACUUGGUCAAGAAGCCAGCCACAGGAGGCAGGAUGCACUCGGAAAGAUGUAACAAAACGAAUCCUACAACGCAAAACAGGGGGUCGUCUACAAGACAGAUUGAAACUAGGUGUGCGUCAUCAUCCGAUGAAAUAAAGGACGCUUCACAUUCUGAGACAUUUCCUCCGAACGACCAUCUUGUUUUGGAGAAGAUUAGCGACCUGGUUCAUGGACAACUGGUGGGUAUACCUAAAGAUGGAACUUUCCCUGUCCGGGGAUCAGAAUUGGCACAACCGAUACGACACACGCAGACAGAAAGAUCUUCAGAUAACAGCGCCGUUUCCAAACGGAGAAUGGAUUCAACAGACUUUGUGGGCACACUCAAGACUAAAUUCAGGAACGCCACGAAGCAUAAGCAUGUUACCUUCCUUGGAGAUGCUGCUCAAUAUGAGACUGUGAUUGAGGAGUCCAAUGAUGCUGUAUAUCAUUUUCAUCUCACACUUUUGCCAAGUCUCGAACAUAGGCCAGAGAAAGGUAACCAGAAUCAGAACCCUUUCUCUCAACCGGAACCAGAACUUACAGUGUGUGAAUCAUAUGGUGAACCGUCUGAGCUUCGCAUUGUUCUUAAUAAGUACCCGGUCGUUGAGAAUCAUUUCUUGAUGGUUACGAAGGAAUUCCAAUCACAGAACACUCCACUCUCCGCCUCACAGCUCUUUGCUAUCUAUAAUAUGCUUGAUGUUUUGAAACGAACUGAUGAAGGACUGGAUUGGUUUUCUUUUUACAACUGUGGCCCACAUAGUGGUGCAUCCCAACCCCACAAGCAUGUCCAAUUCAUGACUUUGCCGAAGGGACACAAGAAUUUUAGUUCGGAACUUGUGAAGCAGUCAGGGAACUUUUCCCCCGACCAUUCCAAUGACCCAUUACAAGACCAGAACAUACCAUUUGCCCAUUUUGUUGCUGCUGUUCCGAAAUUAGCCGAUAUUACAAGUGACUCGUUGGCUAUGAUAUUCAGCUCUCUUCUUCAAAGGACUUUAACAGUUCUCUCUCAAGAAGGAAUACAUGAUGUAAGUUACAACGUGUGCUUUACUACUACCCACAUGAUGAUGGUGCCUCGCUCAAAUAGCAAGUUCGAUGAACUUGUUGGUAUAAAUUCUUGCGGCUACAUGGGCUUGAUUCUAUGCAAAAAUUCCCAAAUUUUAGAUACAGUGAAGGAUAAUGGCAUACUCAGCAUCCUAACCAAUGUUUCUUGCCCGACUCAUUUUGGCAGAACAUCUGACGAGUAUGACUAUUAG